UAUUUUUAAAAAAAAUGGCAGAUGGUGAGGAUAUUCAGCCACUUGUCUGUGAUAAUGGGACUGGAAUGGUUAAGGCAGGAUUUGCUGGAGAUGAUGCUCCAAGAGCAGUAUUUCCUAGCAUUGUUGGUCGCCCCCGUCAUACAGGAGUAAUGGUAGGAAUGGGGCAAAAAGAUGCAUAUGUAGGUGAUGAAGCUCAAUCCAAACGUGGUAUUCUCACAUUGAAAUACCCAAUAGAGCAUGGUAUUGUUAGCAACUGGGACGAUAUGGAGAAAAUUUGGCAUCAUACUUUUUAUAACGAGCUUCGUGUGGCACCAGAGGAACACCCUGUAUUGCUCACUGAAGCACCUCUUAACCCGAAGGCUAAUCGUGAGAAGAUGACACAAAUCAUGUUCGAGACAUUCAAUACUCCGGCUAUGUAUGUUGCCAUUCAAGCUGUUCUAUCCCUUUAUGCUAGUGGUCGUACAACAGGUAUUGUCCUGGACUCUGGUGAUGGUGUCAGUCACACUGUCCCAAUCUAUGAGGGAUAUGCUCUACCACAUGCUAUUUUACGUCUUGAUUUGGCUGGUCGUGACCUUACUGAUCACUUAAUGAAAAUCUUAACGGAGCGUGGUUACUCAUUCACCACUUCAGCAGAAAGGGAAAUUGUGAGGGAUGUAAAGGAAAAACUCUCAUACAUUGCUCUUGAUUUUGAGCAAGAGUUGGAUACAUCAAAGACUAGUUCUUCUGUUGAGAAGAGCUAUGAGUUGCCUGAUGGUCAGGUUAUUACAAUUGGUGCUGAGCGUUUCCGAUGCCCAGAAGUACUUUUCCAGCCUUCAAUGAUUGGAAUGGAAGCUGCUGGCAUUCAUGAAACGACAUACAAUUCGAUCAUGAAGUGUGAUGUGGAUAUCAGGAAGGAUCUUUAUGGAAACAUUGUACUUAGUGGCGGUUCGACUAUGUUCACUGGAAUUGCUGAUAGAAUGAGCAAGGAAAUUACUGCGUUGGCUCCAAGCAGCAUGAAAAUUAAGGUUGUUGCUCCACCUGAAAGGAAGUAUAGUGUUUGGAUUGGAGGCUCUAUUUUGGCUUCUCUAAGUACCUUCCAACAGAUGUGGAUUGCAAAGGCAGAGUACGAUGAAUCUGGUCCUUCCAUCGUCCACAGGAAAUGCUUCUAAUUGUAUAGACAUGUAACUAUAAGUUACUUUGUUACUAUAACCAAGGCAAAGAAUUUUUCCAGAAUAUACAGAUUUUCAUGUUGUGAACCUUUGCCCUUUAAUUGUAACUCUAAAUGCUUCUGAUGAUAUCUGUAUAUUACGUGCAGAAAUAUAGAUAUGACAUCCUGUUCCAUUUUACCACACC